UAGGAUAAUUCAUUUUGUUAUGGAUUCUUAGGUGAAUAAUCAACAUGCCGAAGGAACAGUACCGUGAAACGUACGUCGGGAGAAAGAUAUCGCAUGUUACCUUCAAUGUAGACAGUGCGUCGGAUAUUCAGCAGGCGGCACAUAUCCAAGUCAUUACUAAGAACCUAUAUGCACAGGAUGGCCAGCGGAUACCAGCCAGAUAUGGCGUACUUGACCGGCGAAUGGGCACAAACCAGAAGGACGCAAAUUGUGAAACAUGUGGUCUGGGACUGGCUGACUGUGUUGGCCACUAUGGGUACAUCGAACUGGCGCUACCUGUGUUCCAUGUGGGCUACUUCCGCUCUAUCAUCACCAUACUACAGACCAUAUGCAAGGAAUGUGCCCAGGUGAUGUUGCAGGAGACAAUCAAAAAAUCAUUUCGUCGGAAAUUCAUGAACCCGGACCUCUCGUACUUGCACAAAAAGAGCUUACGAGCUGCAGUACUUAAAAAAGCCAAGACCUGCACCAAGUGUCCUUAUUGCGAAGCUUUGAAUGGCGUUGUGAAAAAAAGUCCUGCGGGUAUACUGAAAAUAAUCCAUGACAAGUACAGAACGAAGAAACACAGUGACCCAGUGGUGCAGAAAGUAUUAAGAGGAUUCAACGAGGCUGUGGAAUCUAAUAAGGAACUCGCUGGCAUGAUUAAUAGCGGAUUGAUUAUUGAAUUAAGUCCUUUAGAGGUUUUAAACCUGUACCGACGCAUUCCGGAGGAAGACAUCCCCCUUUUGGGCAUGUGCGCAAGGUUGUCGCGGCCGGAGGACCUCAUUCUCACUCGCCUGCCCGUGCCACCGCUUUGCAUACGUCCCAGCGUCGUUUCAGAGAUCAAGGCGGGCACUAACGAAGACGACCUGACUAUGAAGCAGUCUGAAAUUCUCUUGAUCAACGACGUGAUCGGGCGGCACAUUGCCAGCGGCGGUAAGAGCGAGCUGGUGCAAGAAGACUGGGACUACCUUCAGCUACACGUGGCGCUGUACAUCAACAGCGAGAUGUCCGGCAUACCGCUCUCCAUGCAGCCGAAGAAACCCGGUCGUGGUCUGGUGCAACGCCUCAAAGGGAAGCAGGGCCGCUUUCGCGCAUAG